UGCAUCGGCUUCGUCCAUUGAUGUACAGCUGUAACGAAGGGCGCCAAGCCUGCAUAAAAACUUAGUUUAAAGAAACAAUUAGCCCAUCUUCCCUCUUUAUUAUGUAUUGAUAUUAACUUUUCUUCAUUUAACUACAAAGGCACUAAGUGCGUUCGUAAUUGGUCUGUCAAAGUGAGCUGGAAUUGCCCAUGUUCAGGUAGGAUAAUGUGACGACAGCUUCAAGCAGUAAGAUGGCUCUGAAACCAGUUCUCAAGUUAAAGGUGGAUGAGUUGUUUCUGAGAUGGCUGAGCGACUCGGAAACCCAGACGAUGUUGAGAGAAAACCUGCGACAGUUGUUGCAUGGCGAACCUCUCACUGCUACCUACCCGGGAGCUUCAGGCUCUAAGGGAGGUAACAAGGCUCAGUCACCAAGAGUUAGGCCAGGAUCACCACCCUUGUCUUCAAGUAAAUUACCUAGUCCUAGAAGUCCAAGACGACCCUUAACAACCAAAAACAACCACAGGGGUGUGAAUGGAAAUUCAAAG